GAGUUGGGAGCAACUCCAGAGCCUCCUGCAAGAUGCUGCUGAUUUUGCUGUCAGUGGCCCUGCUGGCCUUGAGUCCAGCUCGGAGCUUAAGUGAAGAUGUGAUCCAGGAAGAAUCUCCCUCCCUAAAAUCAGGAAAGCCAGAAGGACCACCCCCACAAGGAGGCAACCAGUCCCAAGGUCCCCCACCUCGUCCAGGAAAGCCAGACGGACCACCCCCACAAGGAGGCAACCAGUCCCAAGGUCCCCCACCUCAUCCAGGAAAGCCAGACAGACCACCCCCACAAGGAGGCAACCAGUCCCAAGGUCCCCCACCUCAUCCAGGAAAGCCAGACGGACCACCCCCACAAGGAGGCAACCAGUCCCAAGGUCCCUCAUCUCGUCCAGGAAAGCCAGACGGACCACCCCCACAAGGAGGCAACCAGUCCCAAGGUCCCCCACCUCAUCCAGGAAAGCCAGACAGACCACCCCCACAAGGAGGCAACCAGUCCCAAGGUCCCCCACCUCGUCCAGGAAAGCCAGACGGACCACCCCCACAAGGAGGCAACCAGUCCCAAGGUCCCUCAUCUCGUCAAGAAAAGCCAGACAGACCACCCCCACAAGGAGGCAACCAGUCCCAAGGUCCCCCACCUCAUCCAGGAAAGCCAGACGGACCACCCCCACAAGGAGGCAACCAGUCUCAAGGUCCCCCACCUCGUCCAGGAAAGCCAGACGGAACACCUCCACAAGGAGGCAACCAGUCCCAAGGUUCCCCACCUACUCGUGGAAAGCCACAAGGAUCACCCCAACAAGGAGGCAACAAACCUCAAGGUCCCCCACCUCCAGGAAAGCCACAAGGACCACCCCCACCAGGAGGCAAUCCCCAGCAGCCUCCACCACCUCCUGCUGGAAAGCCCCAGGGACCACCUCCACCUCGUCAAGGUGGCAGACCAUCCAGGCCUCCCCAGGGACAGCCUCCCCAGUAAUCGAGGUUCAAUGACAGAAACUGAAUAAGAAGAUGACAGUGAUUCAAAUGAUUCAAAUGCCAUGAUAUUGGAAGAAGGUGGUCAUAGCUCUAACUUCAAUAUACCAAUAAAAUAAUCAGCUUGCAAUUUCUGA